AUGCCGGAGUUCCUGGAGGACCCCUCGGUGCUGACCAAGGAGAAGUUGAAGAGCGAGUUGGUGGCCAACAACGUGACGCUGCCGGCGGGGGAGCAGCGCAAAGACGUGUACGUGCAGCUCUACCUGCAGCACCUCACGGCGCGCAACCGGCCGCCGCUCGCCGCCGCCGGCGCCAACAGCAAGGGGCCCCCGGACUUCUCCAGCGACGAGGAGCGCGAGCCCACCCCGGUCCUCGCCGCCGCGGGCCGCGGCCGCGCCGCCGCCGCCGGCAGGAAAGCCACAAAGAAAACUGAUAAACCCAGACUAGAAGAUAAAGAUAAUUUAGAUGUAACCGAACUCACUAAUGAAGAUCUUCUGGAUCAGCUUGUGAAAUAUGGGGUGAAUCCUGGCCCUAUUGUGGGAACAACCAGGAAGCUAUAUGAGAAAAAGCUGUUGAAAUUGAGGGAACAAGGAACAGACUCAAGAUCUUCUACUCCUUUGCCAACAAUUUCUUCUUCAGCAGAAAAUACAAGACAGAAUGGAAGUAAUGAUUCUGACAGAUACAGUGACAACGAAGAAGACUCUAAAAUAGAGCUCAAGCUUGAGAAGAGAGAACCACUAAAGGGCAGAGCAAAGACUCCAGUAAUACUCAAGCAAAGAAGAGUUGAACACAAUCAGAGCUAUUCUCAAGCUGGAAUAACUGAGACUGAAUGGACAAGUGGAUCUUCAAAAGGCGGACCUCUGCAGGCAUUAACUAGGGAAUCCACAAGAGGGUCGAGAAGAACUCCGAGAAAAAGGGUGGAUACUUCAGAACAUUUUCGUAUAGAUGGUGCAAUAAUUUCAGAGAGUACUCCCAUAGCUGAAACUAUAAUGGCUUCAAGCAACGAAACCUUAGUUGUCAAUAGGGUGACUGGAAAUUUCAAGCAUGCAGCUCCUAUUCUACCAAUCACUGAAUUCUCAGACAUACCCAGAAGAACACCAAAGAAACCAUUGACAAGAGCUGAAGUGGGAGAAAAAACAGAGGAAAGAAGAAUAGACAGGGAUAUUCUUAAGGAAAUGUUUCCCUUUGAAGCAUCUACACCAACAGGAAUUAGUGCUAGUUGUCGCAGACCAAUCAAAGGGGCUGCAGGGCGGCCGUUAGAAUUCAGUGAUUUCAGGAUGGAGGAAUCUUUUUCAUCAAAAUAUAUUCCUAAGUAUAUUCCUUUGACAGAUGUCAAGCCAGAAAAGACAAAAAAAGGACACUCCAUUCCCAUGUGGAUAAAAAUUUUGCUAUUUGUUGUUGUGGUCGUUUUUUUGUUUUUGGUCUAUCAAGCUAUGGAAACCAACCAAGUAAAUCCAUUCUCUGGUUUUUAUCUUAGCAACUCUAAAAAUUCCAACUGA